CCGUCUGUCUGGCACAGAUGUGUGUUGAUGUGCUUCCAGCUGUUUGUGGGAAAUCGUGAUGUCUGGACCUGUGGUCUGGACUAGAGGACCCUCCCUGCAGCCUGUGAGAUCAUCACACUUUUAAUUAGACCGGAUCUGCCAAUUAACAGGAGGUGGACGGACUCUGGCAGGCUUUUAAAAGCAGAGUGAGUCCAACCAUCAGCAGUGUUCAGACCGAGGCUCACACGAGAUUUACAGGAGGAUGUCUUCCACAGUAUUUUACACUCUUAUUCUGCUGGCUUGUGCUCUGAAGUUUAGUGCUAGUCAGACAAGCUGUAAAGGUCGAUGUGGUGCUGAGUACUACAGGGGUUACAUGUGCCAGUGUGACUAUGGCUGCCUGUCGUAUGGAGAGUGCUGCAGAGACUUUGAAUCUCAGUGCACCACAAAAAACUCAUGUCUCGGGCGAUGUGGAGAAGGUUUUAAAAGAGGCCGGUUGUGCAGCUGUGACCCUGACUGUGUGAAGUACAAGCAGUGUUGUCCAGAUUACAAACGCCACUGUGAUGCAGAAGAAGAAAUCAGUGGAUCAUCCAGUGCAACAGCACCAGUGAAGACUAAUUCAUGCGAUAAUGUAAAUAAUAACAAACCCAAAGAACCAACUCUGAAUGAUGCAACGGAGCAACCUUCUACAUUCAGUAAAGGAAACGAUGCAGAUGACUAUGUGAUUCCUCCAGACGGUCUAACAGAUGAACUCGGUGAUGAUAUUAACAAGAUCUCUCCGGUUGACGACUUUUCCAAUAAUGGAGUGGAGGAGCUGGAGGCGAGUCCAAUCCCACAGACUAGCAGUGGUUAUGGACCCACUACAGCUGACCCGCUGAGUUCAGGUUCUACUGAACCCACCGUGGUCACAGACACUAUGGAGUUCACUACAGAGUCAGUUACAGUCAUUUUACAGACAGAGACUCCUCCAGAUGUUGCUGACCUCUUCACUCUUGACAGCACAACCGGAGAAGCUCCAACAGAGAGCACAGGUACCAGUGAUUUUACAAGCUCCCCUGAUGUAGGAACAGCUUCCCCUGAGCCCACAACAGCAGCUGUGGAUGAUUCCACUCAACCUUCUGCAACCUCAGAACCCCAAACCGAACCUUCAGCACCAACCAGCAUCACAGAGCUCGAGACAGUAGGACAGUCAGAAACACCGGCUACAGAUGGCGUCUUUCCUUCUGAAGAGCCAGAGGCCACAACCGUUCCCUCCACCACCAUCCCUGACCCUUCGACGCUGGACUCAACAGCCACUCCAGAGGAAACCACUUCAAACCCCAACACUGAGAGCAACUCAGGCGAUGUCACAACCGGCCCUCCCUCCUCUCUGGCAGAUGUCAAAGAUGAUUCCACCAACAUUUCUCCAGAGGGAUCAGAGCUCGACCCUGCGACGACCGACCUCCCCUCGUCCACAGCUGCAGUGCAGGACAACACCACAGACGAUGUCCCACCAGAGAUAACCACUGCUGAUCCGCUGAAGGUCACUCCAAAGCCCACUAAUCCUCCAACAUCUGAACCCAGUUCUAAACCUCAGGACAAACCAGAUCCAUACAAACCCCUGCCAGUUAUACCCACCUCUAAACCUGAGACUAAGCCCCUGGAGGUUGAGCAAACCUCAAACGUAGAUGAUACAAGAGGCUUCCAAGGAGAUGACAGCAACGAUACAAACCUGUGCAGUGGGCGGCCAGUCGGUGCCGUCGCCACCCUGAGGAACGGGACGGUAGCUGUGUUCAGAGGUCACUACUUCUGGUUUCUGGACAGAAACAGAGUUCCAGGUCCGGCUCAAGGGAUCACACAGGUGUGGGGCGUCCCGUCCCCUGUCGACACCGCGUUUACCCGCUGCAACUGCCAGGGCAAAACAUACAUUUUCAAGGGAAACCAGUACUGGAGAUUUGAGAAUGAUGCUUUAGACCCUGGAUAUCCCAAAGCGGUUUCAACAGGCUUUGAUGGUCUGCGUGGCCACAUCACAGCUGCUCUGUCCGUACCGCAGCACCAGACCAGGAGAGAGUCCGUCUACUUCUUCAAGAGAGGGGGAUAUGUCCAGAAAUACUCAUACCAGUUUGGUACCAGUCCAACGUGUAGCAGGAAGCCUCAGUAUGCCAUCUACACAGUCCGCAACCGGGUGGCCCGACAAGCAGUGUCUGUUUUAGAACCGGCCAUCAACAUCCGGACGACCUGGAGAGGCUUCCCCUCCACCAUCACAGCUGCUGUGUCCGUCCCCAACAACAGAGAACCAGAGGGAUACAAAUACUUUGUCUUCUCAAGAACAAAAUCCUACAAUGUGAGGAUGAAUGGUGAACGUCCCGUCAUCGCUGCUCCUAAGGCCAACACCACACCUCAGUCCAACGACAUCUUCAAAUGCCCAAAGAAAGUCUGACCGAAAGAAACCUGCCUUUCACGCCAAAGUUACUGCAGUUUCUAACUUUAUUAUAUUCUUCAUAAAACACGCUGCUUCAGCUUGGACUGUGGUUACAAAAAAGUACUUUCCAAACACAGAAAAACCAGCAAAAGAAAACAACAAGCUUCAGAACAAGUGAAUGUUAUCAAGACCGAAGAGUGAAGAUAGAUGUGUGCUGUGUUUCUGACUGGAAUGAUGAUCUGAUAGUUAAGUCUGAUUAGUGGUUCAUCUUGCGAAUCGUCUCCCAUGUAUACCUCGAGAAGGAAAGGCUUGACCUAAAGAGGUGAAAAACAUAUUUUUAGACAGGUCUGCAAUACUGGUGUAAAAAUUGUGGACAGUGACUAUACAAACUGUGUUCAUGAAUAAACAGAAUAAAUGUA